UUUAUUUAUCUCUCUUUUCCUUUUCCUUCCCUUUCCUGUCUCAGGGUAUAGCUGAGUAGUUUCCCCUUUUUUCUCAAACCAGUUUUGUUCCUGGAGUUAUCUUUUCUCUAGUCAGAAUACAGAGGGAGGCUGCACCCAAGACAGGUUUUCUCAGAGCCAGGACACAGGAGGAGAAUCAAGGAAGCUUUUGUGACUGCAGAGGUGAGGGUUGGUGAUACAGAAUGGCUGAUAUUAGCAGGGAAUAAAAGUUUAUUUUACAGCUCUGAGGUAAAGUGUCAGCUCCUGUGGGUGCUAGAUUUGGUGUCUGUGUGGUCAGACAGAACACAGGGAUCUCACAUGCUGGGAGGUGGAGAAGGAAGAGUGAACUGCUCGUAAAACAGCUAAUUAGGACACUUCUGCAUUCUCAGUCUUGACGUCCUUGGUUUCACCACCACUGCCACACUGCUCCGGGAGGCUCAGGGGCUGCUUCUUUGGUUGUUUGGUGUUUGUUUUCUAGACAGGACAACGCUCCUCACUGAUUGCCCUCACUGCUGACAUGCUGGAAGAGGAUAAUGAUGAGAUCUGUUGGAAUAACCUGGAGAACUUCCGCGUGAAGCUGAUCUCGGUGAUUGACCCUUCCCGGAUCACCCCUUACCUGCGCCAGUGCAAAGUGCUCAGCCCUGACGAUGAGGAGCAGGUUCUCAAUGACCCCAGCCUGGUCAUGCGCAAGCGGAAGGCAGGUGUUCUCUUGGACAUUCUUCAGCGAACAGGACACAAGGGCUUUGAGGCAUUUAUGGAGAGUCUUGAGCUUUAUUAUCCCCAGCUGUAUAAGAAAAUAACUGGCAAAGAGCCCAGCAGGGUUUUCUCCAUGAUUAUAGACACGGCUGGCGAGUCUGGCCUGAGCCAGGUGCUGAUGAACGAGAUCAUGAAGCUGCAGAGCGCGGUGCAGGAGGAGCGGCGCAAGGCGCAGGAGCUGACGGUGUGGCUGCACUCCAAGGAGGACACCCUCAGGGAGAUGUGGGUCAGGGACAGCCUGCUCCGCAAGCACCAGGAGCGGGCCCAGAGGAUGAAGGAGGAGAGGGACAGCCUGAGCAAGGAGCUGCGCAAGUGCAAGGACGAGAACUACAGCCUGGCCCUGAGCUACGCCAAGCAGAGCGAGGAGAAGAGCGUGGCCCUCAUGAAGAACAGGGACCUGCUGCUAGAGAUCGAUCAGCUGAAGCACAGCCUCAUGAAGGCUGAGGAUGACUGCAAGCUGGAGAGGAAGCACACGAUGAAGCUGAAACACGCCAUAGAGCAGCGCCCCAGCCAUGAGGUGGUGUGGGAGAUCCAGCAGGAGAAGGAGCUGCUCUUGGCCAAGAACCAGGAGCUGGAAAACACUCUCCAGGUUGCCCGGGAGCAGAACUUGGAGAAGAGCCUCUCCAAGGAGACUCUGGAGAAUGACUGCAGCCAGACUGUGGAAGAACGCCGGGAGCUGGUGAACACCAUUUACAGCCUGCGCAAGGAGCUGCGCCGAGCCAAGGUGCUCCAGGACAAAUUUGCAGAGGAAAAAGAGAUGCUGGAGCUACAGUGCACAUCUCUGAGGAAGGACUCCCAGAUGUACAAAAAACGGAUUGAAGCUGUUCUGCAGCAGAUGGAGGAAGUGGCUUCGGAGAGAGACCAGGCUCUCCUGACCCGAGAGCAGUUCCACAUGCAGUAUUGCAAGAACCUGCUGGAGAGAGACGCCUACCGCAAGCAGAUCCGGGAGCUGGGGGAGAGAUGUGACGAGAUGCAGCUGCAGCUCUUCCAGAAGGAGAGCCAGCUCCUGGCCACUGAGGCCAAGCUGAAAAGGCUGCAGCUGGAGCUGCCCACACUGACCUCUGACCUGGAUGACUCCUCCUCCAGAGAUUCCCAGGAACUUGUUCUUCACAGUCACCUGGAUGAAGAUGCACAGGCAGCUAAAAAAGAUUGCCUGGAAGUACAAAACCAGGAACUCAGCCCUCGAGAGAGCCAUCUGCCCCCAAAAUCACCAAGUGAGUGUGCCUUGGCCAACGAGGAACUGGCAGAAAAAGAGAGGAGGAGGAUGAAGGACUGCUUUGAGCGUUACCGAAGGUCUGGGCUGCAAAAAAGAGCAAUGAGAAGGGCGCCCAAAGACCGGCACCACGAGGCGGAUUGGGAGAACACCUCUGGCAGCGACAACACCGACACCGAGGGCUCCUGAGAGAGGGAC